ACUCUACCCAAACUUUCUUUUGGUUUCCGGUACCUGGUCAUGGCGACUGCGGACUCUCUGUCGCUCUUCACCGGCCUCGGCCUGAGCGAGCUCAAGGCCCGCGAGACGCUCAAGAACGCGGCUCUGAGCGCGCAGCUGCGCGAGGCGGCCACCCAGGCGCAGCAGACUCUGGGCUCCACCAUCGACAAAGCUACUGGGACGCUGCUGUACGGCUUGGCCUCCCGACUCCGAGACCCCCGGCGUCUCUCUUUCCUCGUGAACUACAUAGCCAGCAAAAAGAUCCGCACGGAACUGCAGCUCAGCGCUGCCCUAGAGUAUGUGCGGAGCCACCCCCUGGACCCCAUCGACGUCCGGGACUUUGAGCAGGAAUGUGGCGUGGGUGUCAUGGUGACCCCAGAGCAGAUUGAAGAGGCCGUGGAGGCCACUAUCAACAGGCACCGGCCCCAGCUCUUGGCUGAACGUUACCACUUCAACAUGGGGCUAUUGAUGGGAGAGGCUCGCGCUGCACUCAAGUGGGCAGAUGGCAAAAUGAUCAAGCAUGAGGUGGACAUGCAGGUCCUCCACCUGCUGGGUCCCAAGAUGGAGGCUGAUCUGGAGAAGAAGCCCAAGGUGGUGAAGGCUCGGUCUGAAGAGCCAGACCGCAAAACUGCCAAGGAUUUGGUGGAGAACGGUGAGCCCGUUGGUCAGACCCUGUCUCUGCUGGAACAGCUGCGCGGGGAGGCCCUUAAGUUCCAUAAGCCUGGGGAGAACUACAAGACUCCAGGCUAUGUGACCACCCCACACACCAUGGAUCUCCUGAAGCAGCACCUAGAAAUCACAGGGGGGCAGGUUCGUACCCGGUUUCCACCAGAACCCAAUGGGAUUCUACACAUUGGACAUGCUAAAGCCAUCAAUUUCAACUUUGGCUAUGCCAAGGCCAACAACGGUAUCUGCUUCCUGCGCUUUGAUGACACCAACCCUGAGAAGGAGGAAGCCAAGUUCUUCACUGCCAUCGCUGACAUGGUGGCCUGGCUGGGCUACACACCAUACAAGGUGACUUACGCCUCUGACUAUUUCGACCAGUUAUAUGCCUGGGCUGUGGAGCUCAUUCGCAGGGGUCAGGCUUACGUGUGCCACCAGCGAGGCGAGGAGCUCAAGGGCCACAACACCCUGCCCUCACCUUGGAGGGACCGUCCUGUAGAGGAGUCGCUGCUGCUGUUUGAGGCAAUGCGCAAGGGCAAAUUUUCAGAGGGUGAGGCUACGCUGCGGAUGAAGCUGGUGAUGGAGGAUGGCAAGCUGGACCCAGUAGCCUAUCGUGUCAAAUACGUACCGCAUCACCGCACAGGGGACAGAUGGUGCAUCUACCCCACCUACGACUACACCCAUUGCCUCUGUGACUCCAUCGAACACAUCACACACUCCCUCUGCACCAAGGAAUUCCAGGCCCGACGCUCUUCCUACUUCUGGCUGUGCAAUGCCCUGGAUGUCUACUGCCCCGUCCAGUGGGAAUAUGGCCGUCUUAACCUGCACUAUGCUGUUGUCUCCAAGAGGAAGAUCCUCCAGCUUGUAGCAGCUGGUGCUGUGCGGGACUGGGAUGACCCCCGGCUCUUCACGCUCACAGCCUUGAGACGGCGGGGUUUCCCACCUGAAGCCAUCAACAACUUCUGUGCCCGGGUUGGAGUGACCGUGGCCCAGACCACAAUGGAGCCGCAUCUCCUGGAAGCGUGUGUGCGGGAUGUUCUGAAUGACAUGGCCCCUCGGGCCAUGGCUGUGUUGGAGUCACUACGGGUUGUCAUCACCAACUUUCCUGCUGCUCAGUCCAUGCAAAUCCAGGUGCCCAACUUCCCAGCAGAUGAAACCAAAGGCUUCCACCAAGUUCCCUUUACACCUGUUGUCUUCAUUGAGAGGACAGACUUCAAGGAGGAGCCAGAGCCAGGCUAUAAGCGCCUGGCGUCUGGCCAGCCCGUGGGCCUCCGGCAUACAGGCUACGUCAUUGAGCUGCAGCGCCUCGUCAAGGGCCCCGAUGGCUCCGUGCAGAGCUUGGAGGUGACCUGCAGACGGGCAGAUGCUGGUGAAAAACCCAAGGCCUUCAUUCACUGGGUGUCACAGCCCCUGACGUGUGAGAUCCGCCUCUAUGAGCGGCUGUUCCAGCACAAGAAUCCAGAAGAUCCCACAGAAGUGCCUGGUGGAUUCCUAAGUGACCUGAACCCGGCAUCGCUGAGAGUGGUGGAGGAUGCGCUGGUGGACAGCUCCGUGGCCCUGGCAAAGCCCUUCGACAAGUUCCAGUUUGAGCGCCUUGGCUACUUCUCCGUGGACCCAGACAGCCGCCCUGGAAAGCUCGUGUUCAAUAGGACUGUCACACUGCGAGAGGACCCUGGGAAGAUGUAAGCUGGAGACGUCACGAACCUACCUACCUCUUCUGGAAGCUGGGGUUAGGCUUUGCCGGCCCUGACUCCAGGGCAAUAAAGACAAUUAAAGCCCCCCUCCA